CCAGAGUUUGACUGACAAUGAAUAAAUUUAUACUAGAGACCACUGCAAAUGUUUUGGAAGAAAGAGAGUGAAGUUGGUCUUUAAAUACAAUGAAUAAUACACAUUUCCUUUGAACAUAACAUAUAACUAUGAAUAUUACUAAUAACAUUUGAGAAACUACCUUAGUGGAACUAGUUAACAUAACUUGAUUAGGUAAUUUAAACAUGUGAUUCCUGUGCAAACAAACAUUUGGAUGCAAGUCUAACUGUAGCUUUUUACAUAGUUUAGACUGAGCUUUUAGCAUGUCAAUGCUAACAAAUAGAGAACAUUUAAGAAGGGCUAAUUGGUAGCACAUUUAUGAAUAAAAAAAUGCUUUGAAAUAAAUGUAAGAAAAAAAAUACUUCGCGUCUGGUGUGUUGAUACCUCAUUGAAAGUUUGCUAACAGAUAACCAUUCAAACAUAUUAUCUAUUUAACAUGAAGCAUAUUUUGAGAGCACGCUGCAGCCUGGUCCUACCAGAAAGCUAUUAAGCUUUAAUCCCACUUGUUGGAAACUCUAUCUAAUAUCUACUUUGCCUACAAGCCCAGUGGACCACUCGCUUGUCCUCUGCCUGUAGGGGCAAUAAUUUUGCUGAUGAUGACUUGAGACUGGCAUUUAUGUUGUUGUGAAGUCAAGAGACAGAGAUUUUGACAAACGUGGAACAUGGGAAAAAAAAUCAUUAUAGAUGACAGCACAAGAAUAUUUGAGGCUUGACAUGUGCUACGUAAUUUAUAUUCAGUUCUCAAAUGUCUUAUGAUUGUCAAGAAAUUGCACUGCAUUGAUGUUUUGUGCAGAACUAGUACAUCUCAGAGCCUUGAUGCAACUUUUCUUAAUGCUUGGGAAAAUAUUAAUUUUUGAACAGAGAAAUAUGUUUGAAAUUAAUGAUAUUGCACAUGGAAAAUGUGUCUGUGUGAAAAUGAAAUAAAGGCUAUAAAAAAAUUGCACCUGCAAUUGAAAAGAGCCAGGUGGUUUGAGAAGAGGCGUUCCAGAUACACCGGAGAGUUAAUUGAAGGUGUGGUUUACUAAUGUAGUCAAUGCAUUUGUAGUGCUCUCUAGUGUACAUCAAUGCCUGGUGAAUCAUUAACCCUCCCACUGUCCUAAUGGGUGUGACCCCGCAAGGAAAGUUGACUAUUGAGCAGGGUUGAUGGUUUAUCCCUUGGGACCAUGUGGCAGGGGUGAGGAGUGAGCACCACUUCACCCCUGCCAAGUGGACCUCAAGGGAUAAACCAUCAAUCCUGCUUUAUGGUCAACUUUCCUCACGGUGUCACCCAUAAAGACAGUGGGAGGGUUGAAAAAUAGAAAAGCUUUGAUGCUCCUGUUGUGAGAUGCAGAAUUUAUCUGGCAGAUGGGCUAGAAACAGCAGGACUGUUCAUUAUUAUUAAUGAUAUGCACACACCGCGCUUAUGAUUGGCUAACAGAACACGUCCAUUCAUGUUGCAAAGCCACUAUCACAAAGACAAUCUCUGAUCGCUCUCCUCGCUUCAAAAACAUUUUAAAAAGCCUUCCUGUGGAUGGGCACAAGCCAAGAUGGGUGGGACCCUGAAUGCAUUUUAACAUUGUGACAUAGAUAUGUGAUGAUUUUCAAAUCCUAUCGUUUCACCAUCUAAUAUCAGAAGCUAAUAUAGGAGAUAGAUGUAGGAGACUGUUUUCAUGUUCAGCUUGCAUGAAACACUCAGAGUGACCGAUUAUAAUCAGAAAUAAUAAUUUAAAAAUGUGUUUUCAGUCAACCACACCUUUAAAAUUCAAUUUCUACGAAAAUGUUGUUGCUCAAUCCCAAACAUGUGCGUCCUUGUACAAGCAGAAAUGUUCUCACUUGUGGUGUAAAAAGAAUGGAGUGUACCAAAGGAAGUGGUGGAUAAAAGAAUGCAAAAUAGGCUGCAAGGCAAGACAAAAGUAUCUGUUAUCCCUUUUAGUUUUAUCAGUAAUAAUAUGUCAGCACUCUGGCAUGGCUGUAAAUGGCUGUAGACAGGGAGAACAACUCAGACAGAAGCAACCCAAAGCAACAAUGUCCGUGCAACACUGAUGAGAGCAGGCUGCUGGUGCCAGUGCGUUACUGGCUCAUUGAGUGCUUGUUCUAACCAACCCAACCUGGAACGGAGUGGCACAGAGGCCUCUGCUUCCCCAAGUGCUGUUCAAUGUCUUUCAACAUAAAUAUCAAUCCUAUUAUUUACACUUUAGUCAAGUUGGCUGGUAUGGAUGGGUAUUUAUCUGCACUUAUUGUGUUUUGGAUCCAUCUGUUGCAAUAUGCACUACACACUUGGCCCUUUACCCCCAACAAUGGUUCGUCGUGCUUGCAUUGCUGCGGAGAAAGCACGGUAAUUGUCCUAAGCUGAAACAGCCUCUCAUAAAGAUAGGUUUUAAAUGACAUCUCUGCGCAAACACACACACCUAAAUGAACAAAUGAGACAACCUUUGACCAUUUCACUAGUACUAGUACAACAGAGUGCUUGAUUCUUCUUAUGCACCCACACACACAAACACACCCCACAUAAAUGCUCUCAUUGUAGCCUGAGGCAGCGAGUAGCUACAGCAUAUUAAUAUCCCAAGUGUUCCUUAGUAUUUUCUGACUAAUAGAGAUAAAAUUUGGAAAAGGAACUCAAGGGUGUGUUUGUCCAGAUGCAUGAAGACACACGUUCUAUGAUUAACAUAGGGCUCUUGAUCAGAAAAUUCAAAAGCUCCCUUUUAUUGCACUAGAUGUUUGAAUUAUAUUAUAUUUAUCGUGGCAGAUGUGUCUAGGAAAUGGCUGCAAAUUGAAUGGAAUAAGUCGUGUUUCCAGUAUAGGAGUUCCGGGAAAUUUCUGGGAGGGGGAAAACAACCAUGAGAAAUGAUGGCUAGAUCCUUUCAGCUGCUGUGUCUCCACACAAAUUCAGCCUUUUUACGACUCUGCUAAGACGUCAGCUUAUCACGACUGCUUCUGCAGUGCAUGAUGUCACUGAUCAGCGCCAACAGGCAUCUCCAGACAACAAUAACAUUAAAAGUUUUAUUUUUUCACAGUAUGGUGUAGCUUAACCGAGUCAGAGUAUAGUGGCUGUGCGACAUAAAAUGUGGCGUUCAAUGACCAGAAGAAACUAUGUAGUCCACAAAGCGGCCUUUCUUUUGGCGUUCAGCAGUGAUGGUUUCAAAGCUGGGUGAACCGCGUUUAUUUUCUUUUACUUUCCUUUCAUUUUGCUUCACAAGCAACUCUUCCAAUUGUACAAAUGCCUGUUGUUUGAUUUGGGUGACGUCUGCCCAUGUCAUUCCCUACUGAGCUACAACCAAUCAGCAUGAGGUAACCAAAAGUUUUACUCAGCGACUCUACUGGGCCAUUCCGAGUAACUACCCCGCAGCUCAGAUACUCCGGUGGUUCCUGAAAAUGGCCCAGAAAAUGGUCCUUCCAGCUGACAGUGAAACAGAGACACGUGCAUGCCCCAAAGUUCCAAUUACCCUGACGGUCCGGGCCUAUUGGUUUGAUUAUUAGCUUGCCCGGGAAAGCUAAUGGAUUUGCUGCUCAUUCGCUAGCCGAAUCAUGCCUAGUGUGUGUGUGUGUGUUCAGGGUAAGGGUGUAAAUCACUAGUUUGAUCACAAGACAUUGUUAUAUCAAUACAGAGGAUUGCAAUUUGAUGCUUCCUGAUAUCUCAAAUUCAGUCACAAUACCAUUUCCAUUUGAUUUGAUUUAGAAUCCACUGAACCGGUUUUAAUGGUUUUACGAGUAAUUGAUCACAAUCAUCUCCCAGGGGAGAGACGAUUUCUUCGCUGGCUGUUUUCUCACUGCUCGCUACCUUCAUUUGACAUGUUUAGUGCAGGAACAGGUAAAAAAAACGACAUGUAAGCAGAACUUCAAAAUAAAGCAGUUUUCAAAAUAAAAGUGUGUUUGAUUAAUUUUUAUUGUAUUAAUAUUAUUAUUAUUAUUAUUAUUUGUAUUUUGAACCUUAUAAUCGAUGUAUCAAUGUAGAUCAAUAUGUUGUUACACUCCAUGGAGCUGCCAGGGUCACCGCCUCUUUCAGUUGAAAUCACUCAAAAAAAUCUGGGUUCUGUUCUUGAAAGCAGAAAAAUGUUUGUUAGCUGGAUGCAUGAGUGAUGGCGACAUGAGAAAGAGACCGGCACAUGUUUGUCAUCUUGUUUUUUUUUUUUCUCUUUUCCAUCAACAGCAGGACAUGUCAGCUUUUGUAAACUUAGCAGACGGGUUUCUCGCGCUUUUUUGUUUUUUUGUUUUAGUCAAAGAUUAGAGAAGCAGACUUUCUGAUAGUUUCAGGUCAAGUAAAUGUAAAACUCAGUGGAAUGUGUGAAAGAUUACAAAGACUUUCAGCUGAAACUGCGUCCAGUCCAGAUUUAGAUGGGUGGGGCUCGGAUGAAAGCAGGGGUGGAUUUUAAAUGUGUUUUUUGCCCUUUGGAGAUUGUAGGGUCACGGCAACCUGUGGUUAAGGAAUAGUUUGAGGAGCUGUUGCCAUGACGGAGUUUUGAGUAACUUGUAUGACUUGGAUUAGAGUGGAGCGUGUGUGUGUGUGUGUGUGUGUGUGUGUGUGUGUGUGUGUGUGUGUGUGUGUGUGUGUGUGUGUGUGUGUGUGUGUGUGUGUGUGUGUGUGAUUAGAGCAAUUUAAAAAACAUGUGCAGCCUGUUUUUGUUUGUUUUUAUCUCGGUAGCUAAAUUUUAUGCAAAACAAAUCUUUGACAUUGUCUGCAUCCCAAAUACCAUUUUUGCCAAUAUCAUCAUCAUUGAGAGCUAUUCACUCGAGCUGGGUAUAGAUACCUCUUCUUCCACCUGUAUCUCCUUGAAAACUGACGUGUGACUCUGGGGCUGUGUUAGGCAGGCGGAUGUCUGGUCUUCAGUGCGGCUCUGCCGUGACAAAAGAACAAGGCAGCAACCCGAGACUCACAGGCCUGUUUGUUUCCUGUUAGUGGAGAUUAUCACAUUUCAUUAGCCAGAGUUACAAGAACUAAGCAUCAUGGGAGUGAGCCAUUCCAAGCUGGGACGUGUUUAAUGUCUGGUUUCUCAUUUAUAGCAAGCCGCAAUAGCAAGUUUGGAAAACAAAUUAGCUUAAAAAUGCUUUUCGAUGCCUCUUAAAAACGUUUUAACAUAGUACAGCUAUGCAGAUAUUGUAGAAAUAAAAAAGUUAUAAAGUUGUUGUCUCACAUUUGUCUAAAAACUUCUGCCAAUAACACGUUUUGGAUUGAAAGCAACUACUGGACUAUCCGAUUUCGGUCUCGCCGAACUUCCGUGCUUCCAUGGGUCCAUUCAUUACACACUCCCAUAUUUAUCAACAGAACACCACUGGUGUGAGAGGUUUUGCGCUCAGUAAUAUCAGAGAAGGAGAAACAGCCGGCUGCUACCACUUCAACUUUAGGACAAACUUCCAGAGUCCCAAAAAGCAAAGCACCAUUUGAAGUCACAGACAACAAAAUAUGUUUGGACCUAGAAAACGGCGAUUGGUGUUUAGCGCUCUCUUGUUUCCUCUGGCAUAGCGGGUUUCUGGUUCCGGGGCAUGCAGAAGCAGUGAAGACACCCGAGGGGAGGGGUUAGUGUUCCGUGACAGUGUUUGCAUUCAAAACCUAGCUUGACUGCAGAUUUGCUGUAGCGGCUUUAAUGUGAAGUUUUGUUUGGCAGAGCUUAUUAUCACAGAUCAUCUCUUUUCUCUCCUCCAUGCAUGUGGCAUCCAAAUAAAAAUUACUUCAGUGUGUUUUUGUUAGUUUGUCUUCUUUCUUUUUGCCGAGCUUGUGGCAUUCUGCUAUACUGAAGGGUUAACAUUUUCAAACGUUUCUUUAUGUUUACCUUUUUUAAACCGCACAGGCAAGGUUAAUAAUUAUCUACCCUCAUUUUGAAACUCAGCCUUCAAACCUUACUUAUUUAUUGCUACAUUGCUCAAUCUGGCUUAUCUGAAAGAGAAGACCUCUUUGCAGUGUUGAAAUUCCAUCCUUUUUUUAUACUGACAAUCACUCCUUUCUUAUGUCAGAUUCCUUAAAUAAAAUUACCUCCUGGAUGUCUCAGAAAGAAUUCCUUUUACAUGUGAUCAUCCUUUACAAUCUGCUCCUUGUUUAUGGUGAUCCCGUUCCACGGGUUUGAUUUUUGACUCACGCUGUCAUUUGCUCUGUAUUUGGUGUCGUGUUGGGCUGCACCGUAGGAUGUUGCCACAUCAGAUAGGCUUUUGCUCCCCGGGAGACUUUGUGUUUGGCAUCUAAACAGCAAAGAGCAAUGGUGGCGCGGGUCAAACAGGUCAGCGGUGGAGGAGGGGCAGGGUGAGAGCUUUGUUAGGGAAGAGCAAGAAUUCUUCCGGCUGGAAGAUGAAGUCAGUGCAUUCCUGCCAGUAGGCAGCAUGGCGGAGCAAAGCCGCGCUUUGAGUGACGGAGAAGAUAAAAGUGGUGUUCAAAGUGAAACACCUCCCAGGACCAGAGAGUCAGAAGAGAACACCAUCUGCUUGUCUUGGGUGAUGACUUUUCUGCUUAGCUGCAAAAUUUCCUUCACGGUGCCAAACCUAAGAGACAAGUGCCUGGAGCAUUUUCCUUUUUAUAAGCGCCACAGUGAUUUAUUGCCUUGUUUUGAAGUUUAGCUCUUAAAAGUACAGACAGAAAGGGGGACGACCAGGCUUAAUGAUAUUUCCGCAGGUUAAACCCGCCGCUCAGAUCUGUCAGGUUUGUUUGGGAUCCAGUUCAAGUCCUGUUGAGAUCGGUCAAACUGAACAAAAAGAGGGUCAUGCAGCGGUAAAGUGUGCCAGAUAAAUAUCUCCGUUGUGUCCUGUUUGGUCCAAAAUGGAGCUCAAAGUUUGGGUUGAUGGAGUAGUGCGGGUUGUAUGUGGCCUGUCUGAGGAAACGUCAUGCCAGGACGUCGUCAUAGCUCUGGCACAAGCCAUUGGUCAAACAGGGAGAUAUGUUCUAAUUCAGCGUCUGAGGGAUACAGAAAGGCAACUUCUGGCCACAGAGAGGCCUCUGGAGUCUUUGGCAAAGUUGGGCCAACAUGGAAAUGAAGUUCAGUUCUUCCUGCGGCGGACCGGUCCGAGCAGCAGUGAUGGGCCCAGUUCAAAACAAGAACGACCAUCUCCGCUUCCUAAGCAACCUGAGCCAGAUCCUCUGAAACCAAACCAAGUUAAGAAAGCGCUGACUUUUAACUUGGGGCCAUCAAGCUCUCCUAAAACCAAGGCCAAACAAUUAAAAAAGUCUCCCAGGGACUCUUCAGAGCAAAGAACAUCACCAUCGUCUUCACCCACCCAUCACAUGCCCUCCCCUUCCCCCUCACCACCUGCUGGCCCCUCUAAAGAGGAGGUCUUCAGAAAAGUUCUCCAGCAACAGGAGAGACUGAGAGCCAUCGAUGGACAUCUAGAAACCGUAGAGAGGGAAUCACGUUCCAGGGAGCGCUCCUACCAAUCUCCAUGUCCCUCACCAAACUCUGACGCACGCCUGCAAGAGGAAUUGGAUGUUUUGGAGCAGGCAGUGCGUAGGAACCAAGCCGAACUUGCCCAUGAGCAGUACUGGGAGGGGGAACUUCAAGCAGAAGAGGAAAGGGAGCAAGGAAUGAGGAUGAAGCUGGCGGACCUUCAUGCCAAGCUGGACGACUGUGGACGGCGUCUCCACGAGUUCUCGGUUCGUUCAACUCAGUUGGAGAAAGAGAUCCAGCGGGAGAGCCAGGCGGCAAGGAAGGCCAACGCGCCCGAGGAGUCACUUGAUACUGUGAAGGAAAAGCUGAGGAGCCAGGAGAGAAAUAGAGCUGAGCUGGAGGAGCAGCUGGGGGAGACUGACAAGGCUCUGGGGAAGGCAGAGUCUCUGCUGCAGGCCAAACAGGAAGAGCUAGAGGAGCUGAACAAGGAGCUGAGGCAGUGCAACCUGCAGCAGUUUAUUCAGCAGACAGGUGUCCUCCCAGCACACAUCCCGUCACGCACAGAGCUGCAGGAGCAAAUGGAGCAGCUUGAACUAGCAGCUGGUAGUGCAGACUAUAUAGUCAGUGAUGCGUCUGAGACUUGUUUUCUGUUCCCUGAAGACAUUUCUGUGUCACUUUCAGGCCGCAGUGCGACUCCCGUGGAGUUUCCGUCUCGCCCUACAGCAAAACAGUUCCUGGGACAUCCUCGAAACCUACAAAACCCUCUAGUGUCCAGUCUCAACCCUGAGGUCCUGACAUCCCGAGAGUCAUCAUGGAGAUAGAACAUGGACCGCAGGGCGAAGGGAAAGUUGUUCACUGUUCUGUCACCAUCUCUUCCUAUUUAACCUUUUACAAUCUAACCAUUCCUGUCUUUAUUCUGUUGACCAUUCACACACGUUAAAUUAAAAAGACAAAUAUAUUUGCAGUUUUGCUACUGUAAACAUUUCAAAGUUUAUGUAUGAAAAUGUAAAAUAAUUUAGGAAUCUUUGACCUAUAGAGAUUAUUGCAAUUACUGUGUAUUUAAAUAUAAUAAAUUGUGCAUUGUCUUCU